AUGACGACAAAUGCAGCAGAGGCUGCGACCUCAGAGAAGCCGCAUGUGGCAAAAACAAAGCGAUCCUGGCCACUGUGGAAGAAACUCACUGCCGUUGGCGUGGCACUUGUAGUCAUCGUCGCUCUGGCUGUUGGACUUGGUGUUGGCCUCACUCGAGGAAAGGGAGGAAACAACAGCGACGAUACCGCUAGCUCAGAGGCAGACGAUUCAACAGAGCCCUAUCUCAAAGCCCGUAGCAGUCUUUGGCAACCCAAAGUUGGCUCACAAUGGCAGAUCGUUCUCCUCAAGCCCAUCAAGCUCAACAAGGACGGCUCCACCAAGGAUCUCAAGCCCAACGUUGGCAUUUACGACUUGGAUCUCUAUGAUAACGACGCCGAGACCUUUACAGCCCUACACAAGGCUGGUAAGAAGGUCAUCUGCUACUUCAGCGCCGGAUCAUGGGAGGAUUGGCGCGAUGACAAGAACCAGUUCAAGAAGGCCGAUCUUGGCAAGACUCUCGACGGCUGGCCUGAUGAGAAAUGGCUCAAUCUGAGAAGCACCAAUGUUCGCAACAUCAUGAAGAAGCGCAUCAAGCUUGCUGCUCAAAAGGGUUGCGACGCUAUUGACCCCGACAACGUCGAUGGUUAUCAAAACGACAAUGGCCUCAAGCUGACCAAGAAAGACUCUAUCGACUAUAUCAAGUUCCUUGCCGCAGAGGCUGCAAAGUAUAAUAUGUCCACCGGUCUCAAGAACGCCGGCGAUAUCAUCUCCUCUGUUCUACCCUUCGUCCAGUUCUCAGUCAAUGAGCAAUGCGUCGAGUACUCUGAGUGUGAGACAUUUUCCAAGUUCAUCAAGGCCAAGAAGCCUGUUUUCAAUAUUGAAUAUCCUAAGAGCGCGCCCAAGGUCAAGGAGUCCGAUCGCAAAGCCAUUUGCUCGAAGAAGGGCAAGGCAAAGGGUACAGAUGGUUUCAGUACUGUUAUCAAGAAGAUGAAUCUUGAUGGUUGGGUCAUGUACUGCACCGGCAAUACCUAUCAGACUGCAGUCGAGAACUGA